AUGUCGAACAACAUCCUCAUCACCGGCGGCGCAGGCUUCCUGGGCCCCAUGCUUGCCGCCAAGUUGGCACAAGAUUCCUCUAACAGCAUCGUCCUGACCGAUCUUCAAACACCCCAGAGGCCAGCCGGGAUUUCAUCUUCGGCUACCAACCUGGAGCUCACAGCUGCGGAUCUCACCUCACAAGCAGAUAUCACCAAACUCCUUUCUAUGCGCCCACAAUGGUCGGCCAUCUUCCUAUUUCACGGGAUAAUGUCGGUCGGCUGCGAGGAGAACCCUGCACUUUCUACCAAAGUCAACCUAGGCGCCACGCUUUCUGUUCUCACGUCCAUCUCACAACUCCAACAAGCCUCUAAACCCCGCAUUGUCUACGCUUCGACCCAGGCUGUUUACGGACCACCUUAUACGGCAUCGGGUCCCAUUACAGAUGAUACUCCCGCAACACCAAUAGGAGUUUAUGGCACCCACAAAGCCAUUAUGGAGUGCCACAUAAAUGAUCUUAACCGCCGUGGGCUAAUCGAUGCCUUCGCCGUGCGUCUACCAACCGUGGUUGUGCGCCCGGGUGCGCCUUCGCGAUCAGCUGCAGCAUUUUUGAGCGGUAUGAUUCGAGAGCCGAUGGCCGGGCUUGAAUGUAUUGUACCCAUCAGCGACCGUUCGGCGCGCCAGAUGAUAUGUUCGCCUCGCGUCAUGAUUGAGAAUUUUGUGCGCGUAAUGAAGGCUCCCACGGACGCUAUGCCGGCGCAUAUUCGCGCAGUGUACAUGCCGGGAAUAAGUGUCGCUCUUGGAGAGAUGUACGCAGCGUUCGAGGCAGUAUGCGGGAAGGAUAAACUUGGGCUGUUGAGGGAGGAAAUGGAUGAAGAAGCAAAGAGGUUGCUGGACAGUUGGCCGCAGACGGCGAAGUUCGGAAAUGCAACAAGGAUGGGAUUGUUGUUUGACGAAAGUUGCGAGCAAAUCUAUAGAGAGUAUGCCGAUAGCUUAAAGGCAAAUUAG